UUCCUUUGCCUGGACUUUAGCUAUAACCCGUCGUGUGUUAAACGGUAGCAUGUCAUUCCUACCCCAACCAGCAGAGAGCAGCAUACAAUAAAAAGAAAACAGAAGAAGAACUGCGGAAGUGUGCACGGUGUAAACAAUCGAGUCAUCGAGUAGUAGGAAUGAAACCUCCCAUUUGCAGUGUUAAAUUGAAAAUAAAUGAACAAGUCGACGUGUUAACAAUGGUACAGGGUCGCGAGUAAUAUUUUAAAGUGAGAAGGCGCGCGCUGUGUGUCGCCACCAUGCCGUAUCUGGGCAACGAGGACACGGUGCGGGAGCUGAGGAGAGCUCUGUCCAACCCCAACGUCCAGUCUGACCCGCUGCGCUACAGGAACACCGUCCUCAAAGUCAUCAGGGCGAUGUCCCAGGGUGUGGAUGUAUCCGCCCUGUUCAGUGAGAUGGUAAAAGCAUGUGCCACAGUAGACAUAGUCCAGAAGAAACUGGUCUAUGUCUUCCUGUGUUCCUAUGCCACUUUAAACCCCGAGCUGUCUCUGCUGGUCAUCAACACGCUGAGGAAAGACUGUCAGGAUCCAAACCCCAUGGUCCGCAGCCUGGCCCUGAGGAACAUGACCAACCUCAGGCUACCCAGUCUGGUGGAGUACGUGGAGCAGCCUCUGACAGCAGGACUGAAGGACAGAGCAGCUUGUGUACGACGAGUGGCUGUACUCGGCUGGGCCAAACUACACAAUCUCCAACCCAACUCUGACAUAGAUGCUGCAGUGGUGAACGAGCUGUACACCCUGCUGAGGGACCCAGACCCCGUGGUGAUGGUGAACUGCCUCCGAGCUCUGGAGGAGAUCCUGAAGGAGGAGGGAGGAGUCGCUAUCAAUAAACCCAUCGCCCAUCACCUCCUCAAACGGUUGAAGGAAUCUGACGUUUGGGGUCAGUGUGAGGUGCUGAGGAUCCUCCAGCGCUACCAGCCUCAGUCGGAGGACGAGCUGUUUGACAUCCUGUCCCUGCUGGAUGCGUCCCUGGUCAGCCCCCACCCCCCAGUCAUGGCGGCCACCCUCAGCCUCUUCCUCAGCCUCUGCUCCGGCCUGCCCGCUGUCAGCCUGGCGGCACUUGAGCGAGUACGCGCACCCCUGCUGGCCACCUGCGGCAGCGCAUCCACGGAGAUGAGGUUCACCGCCCUCUGCCACAUACAGUUGCUGCUGCGUUCUCUCCCUGGCCUGAUGGGGGCGCACUACAAACGCUUCUUCUGUGGUUAUGCUGAGCCGGCCUACAUCAAGCAAAGGAAAAUGCAGGUGCUGGUGGAGCUGGUGAAUGAUGAGAAUGUAGCAAUGAUUCUGGAUGAGCUGAAAGGAUACUGCACUGAUGUCAACUCUGACACUGCCCAGGCUGCGAUCUCAGCUAUAGGUCGUAUUGGACGGAGCUACAGCGACCAAUGUCUGGAGAUCCUUACUGGGCUGCUCGGGCUCAAACAGGAGAACAUCACUUCUGCGGUGGUGCAGACGAUGCGAGACCUGGUCUGGGUGUGUCCUCAGUGUAGCGACACUGUAUGUUUGGCUCUCGAGGGCUGCGAGGAGACGCUGCAGGAUAGCCAGGUCAGACCAGAGCCGCUGCACUGUCCACAUACUGCUUGGUCGUUACCAUGUCAUAACAGUCACAUUCUUCACUCAAAGAAAAUGAAUGGCAGCUGGAGCCUUAACCCGACUCAGUGUGGUUGUGCCAGUGUUAGUUUGGUGACCUCAGCGUACCAGCCUCAGUCGGAGGACGAGCUGUUUGACAUCCUGUCCCUGCUGGAGCGUCCCUGGUCAGCCCCCACCCCCAGUCAUGGGGCCACCCCUCAGCCUCUUCCUCAGUCGUCCGGCCUGCCGCUGUCAGCCUGGCGGCACUUGAGCGAGUACGCGCACCCUGUGGCCACCUGCGGCACGGCAGCGCAUCCACGGAGAUGGGGUCACGCCCUCUGCCAACAUACAGAAAGAGAAAAAGACAUGAGGUUGUUAAUACUCCUGUGUUUUCCAGAGGAGGAGACGGACAUGUGCGUGCGUGACCAGGCGCUUCUCUACUACCGCCUGUUGCAUUGUGGGAUAGAAGAGACACGAAAGGUCCUCCAGGGUCGGAGGUCAGACCCUUCCCUGGGUGUUCUGAUUGGCCGCCCCGCGGAGCCCAUCAGCCAGUGGGCAUGCAGCUUUAACACUCUGGAGCCUCUGAGGCAGAGCGGCGUGGAGACAGAGGCAGCCAGCAGAGGAAGCCCUGAACAUGUGACCUUUGACCCCAAGCCUAACACUGACCUCUCAGACACACUGGACUGUAGGCAAACAGAGACGCUUCUUUCAGACUCCUCUGCCGAUGUCUUGGCUUCGACGGUUGCAGGCCCCCUCAGUUUGUCGCUGUCGCCGACUCUCAGCCCGGAGGAGUUUGAGCGUCUUUGGCUGCAGCGACAGCCUUUGCAUGCAGAGCAAGGUGCAGACAAUCUGGAAGAAAAGGAGGAUACUUUGUGCUUGGAAGAACACAUCCUAUGCCCCGCGAUACCUCACUGUUCACCACAAAGCCUUCAGGCUGCGAUGCAGCUGGUCAACAUCCAGACGAUGGCCUUCACGCCACCGCACACGCUUCCCUGGAGAGUCUACCUGUACACACACACCCAGCACGCACACUCUGGAGACACACCCCGCAGCACGCUCAUAGUCGGGGAGCUGCUGUGCACCGGAGAGGCUAAUCAGAGGCUAGGAGUGGUAAACAGAGGCGUGGGUGAUGGUGAUGGAGACGUGGUGAAGGGCAGAGAAGAGGAGCAGGUGAAACCGGUGGAGGAAGCCACAGCUGAUGGGCGGAGCGGGAGAGAGUCUGUGAGAAAUUAUGGAGAGAAGAUAAUAAAAGUGACUCUUAAGCAGCAACCAAGGGAUGACAGAGCUCUCAAGGGGUUCCUCUCCAUCCUUACGACUGUACUGCACACAUUGUCCUCAGAGAGGGAUUAAAUAUGCAACACACACACACACACACACACACAUACUUACUGUUUCUUUAAGAAUAUUCCCACUGAGCGCAUUCAUUCCCUGACCAUAACUGUAAAAUAGCCCCUAGCAAUGGUAAAUAUGCCCUCACUUUGCAAAGGCCUGUAAAAUGAAUAAAUUAAAAAUUAUAUAAAUUAAUUUACACUUGUGCUUUUCACCUUGCACAUUUUAAAUAUCGGCUGAAACAAAUGACGCAAGAGUGGAGUCUUUACUGGAGUAAAACAUGAUUUAUCAAGACCACAGUCAGUUGGUUAACUUCAGCAGAGGACCAUUAAUCUCUUCAGUUUGCUGUUUUCUCACAGUCAUAGCAAGUGGAUUAAAGAAUAGUUUGGGUUAGGUAAGCGUUUGGCCGGGUGGAGUCACUCACUGAGGCAUUUUCAGCUUCUCUAGUUUCCUAGUAUGGGACUGAGAUAAAAAUAAUGUUUACAGACAAACAUGCCCCGAUGGAGGAAACCACUUUACAUAUUCACAGGAAGUAGAGCUGAACAAGAGCCCUGCAACUUAUUGUGGAUUUUAUUUUUUACCGCAGGGAGCUGUUGGCAGAGGCUCCCAGAGGUCUGGUUUUACCCUUUAAUGUGUUUGACCAAUUUUAGUGUAGAGGCUGUCAUGAUAACACCAGGCCGAAGGGAAACGCAAAUACAAACUCAUGAACUGACUUAAAAUAAUAAAACAUUUGGAUUCCUCCUG